CGUUUUGUAGGUCAUAAUGGAGAAUAAAGAAAUUCCAGAAGUUCUUUUAAGUGAUAGAAGUGGCUUGUUACCAGCUAAUAUCCUUGUGGAGCGCCUAAAAGCUGUCUGUUUCAUUCAGGCAACUGUGAUAGACGCGAACCAGAGACCUCGACUGAGGCGUGGAACUGGUUUCUUCACCGUAAUUUCAAUAGCUGACAAGAGUUAUCAUGGAAUAAUCACAAACAAUCAUGUGUUAGCAAAGAAAAAAGAUGCUGAGAAUGCAGAGGCUGUAUUUGGCUAUGAUAAUAACAAGCAGGGCAAGCGCAUUUCUUUAAGACCUGAUCUUAUAUUCAGGACAAACCAGGACUUGGACUAUUCAUUUGUUGGCGUCCAAAAAGAAGAUGUUGAUGCACUCAAGCUUGAUAUCUCACCCAUUAUGUUUAUUCCUGAGCCUAAAAUUGGUGAAGGGGAUGAGAUAUUUAUACUUCAACAUCCCAAAGGCCGUCCAAAAGAAUUUAGCCAUGACAAGAUACUUAACGUUGAGCCACCCUUUGUGUAUUACAAGGCUGACACUGAGUCUGGCUCCUCUGGUGCACCAGUUUUCUGGAGAUUAAACUUGGUAGCUGUUCAUCAAAAGGGUAGUGAAGAAUAUGGAUAUAACAAGGGUGUAUUAUGCAGUGAAAUACUGUCUCAUCUUAACACUGGGAAAUAUACAAUGCCCAAGAUGUAUUCUUUGUCUGAGAGUCAAGGAAAAGAAAUUGAUGAAGAUAAUCCACCAAUAAAAAAGCAAAAGGUUGAAAAACAAGAUAGUUCAAUYCRUCCUUCWGAUGAAGAACUGGAAGACCUUGCCAGUGAGGUUAUUGCCAUAUGGAAGCAUCUGGGUAGYAAACUUGGUGUAAACAACAAUAAAAUUGAAGAAAUUUCACGAGAUCAUGUCAACUACCAAGGAAUUUGUGAAAAGGCUUUUCAGAUGUUACUCUUUUGGAAAGAAUCAAACUCAAAUCCUUCGUACACUUCUCUCGGACAAGCAUUAAUAAACCUUGGAAAAUGCAAUCUUGCACAAAAAUACUGUAAGGUCUAACAAAUCAUAMACAUAAAAAUAUGUUUUAUACAGUAUAUUUUAUUUAUAGACUAAAGAAACUUUCAUCUCUUUUUAAUUUAUAUGUAAAAGUAUUAUUUUAAUACUUAUUUAUUAUAUUGGAUUUGUAAAUAAUAUGUACAAAAUGAAAUAAAACUAACAGUCAAAAACUAAGAUUCUUUUGAAUAUUAUUAUAUACAAUUGUUUUACAAUUGAAUUCAUUUUUUGUGCA